ACUUAGUCGCUGUAGCGGAACUUGGAAGUUGUGAUGUCAAUGCACGCGCGUGUGUAAGCUGGAGCGAUAUCCUUGAGUGUGUGCCUGUGGGCAUUGGACAGCGCUGUGGGUGAGCAGCAGCUCUUGCGUGUACUGGCCUCUCAGCUCUAUGGAUCCCCAGCUCUUGUUGGGCCUGAUGAAGCGUUUCUGCCCAUGCCUCAGCAGAAUUGCGAGCCAGGACUGGAGUAAAAGUGAUGAGAGGCUGUUGCAAGCAGUGGAACAGAAUGAACCUGAUAAGGUCGCUGCCCUGCUGGUGAAAAAAGGUCUCUGUGCAUCUAAGCUAGAUGGAGAGGGGAAGUCGGCGUUCCAUGUCUCUGCAUCCCGGGGUCGUUUGGACUGCCUGGAGGUCAUCCUGUCCCAUAACGUGGACAUCACCUCCACAGACAGCAAUGGCUUCAGUGCCCUUCACCUUGCAGCUAAGAAUGGACACCCUGAGUGUCUGAAAAGGCUUCUACAGGAAAGGCUGCCUGUGCACUCCACUGACAGCCAUGGCAGAACUGCUCUACACCAUGCAGCGGUGAGUGGGUGUCUGUCCUGCACUGAGAUUUUGUGGGAUUUUAAGGCCUGUCUGGAUGCUCAGGAUGGGGACGGCUCGACGCCAUUGAUGCUGGGGGCACAGAUGAGCCGCGUCGAACUGUGUGCCUUCCUGCUGGAUCGCGGAGCCAGUGCUGACCAACAAGACAGCCAGGGCAGGUCAGCCCUAAUGCUUGCGUGUGAGAGUGACAGUGCUGAGACAGUAGAAGUACUACUCAGGGGUGGGGCUACCCCCCACCUGACCGAUGCCUUGGGGCGUGAUGCUACUCAUUACACAAUCGCUGGUGGCAGCCAACAUAUCCUGCGGCUGUUGCAGGAUACAGCCAAGGAGGGCUCAGGCAAGGAGCCCCCUGCUCCACCUCCCUUGCCCGGGCGGGGCACCCCACGCAAGCGGAAAGCCCCCCUUCCACCCAGCCCCCCUGCCCAGGGAUCUCCACCCUCUCCAGAGCCCCAGAGCACACCUCCACCUGCCCAGUCUCCUGAGACACAGCGCACCCCACCGGCCAGCCUGAUGGAGGAUGAGGAAGUGUUUGAGGAGAUCCGCAGGCUGAGGCUGGAAAGAGGGCGACUGCUUCAGAAGAUAAAGGGACUGGAGCAGCAGCAGCACAGCGCCCACAUUGCGCUGGAGGAGCUGUGCUUGCUGCAGGAGCGCUUGGAGCAAGCAGAAGUGGACCGCGAGCAGCUGUUGGCCGAGAUCGAGGAGUUGCGUGGCACCGGGACAGUGAUCCUGGCCAGUGACUCAGAGGAUGCUGAGAACAUGCUGGACUUUCCAGGUGCAGAGAGGCUUCUCUCCAGACGGUCACGGGGCUCAGAACCUGAUUCUGAAUCUACCCAGGAUGACGAUGCCGAGCAGGAGGAAAGGAACUCCUCUUGCACCUCCCAAGGACAGGGAAACCAAGAAGUUUUGUCUGCUCUUCAGAGGCAGGUGGAGGAGCUCACAGCACAGAACGCUGAUCUGCUUCUCAAAGUGGAGAUGCUGGAGAAUUUUGAGAAGGAUGACACAGACAUUCAGAAUUCCGGUCCAGAUUUUGUCCCCACAGUUCUGUACGACUCUCUGAGGAAGGAGUUUGAAGAGCUGCAGGAGCGCUACUUCCAAGCCCAGGCAGCAGCGGAAGCCUCCAGUGUAACGGGGUCCAUUGAAAAGGUGGAAGAGGAGCAAGGUGAAGGUGAGGAGGAGGACACUGGGGAGAGUGCCAAAGAGCUGAAAGAGCAGUUGCGGGGCCUGGAAGAGCAGCUGAGACAGAGCCAGACAGAGCUGGACGAGUUGAGAGAACAGGUUAAGGUUGGGGUUUUUUCUGUGGAGCAGCUGGGAGACACAGAUACGGAGGAGCGUGCUGAGGUGCAAAGCUCAGACUUGCAGCAACUGAGGGACAAGGUGAAGGAGCUGGAGGAAGCCGUGGUGAAGAAGCGGGCUGAGGCUGAGUCCGAGAAUGACACCUCAAGGCAGCUGAGGGAGAAAGUUGAGGAGUUGGAGGCAGCUCUGGCAGAGAAGCAGGCAGAGGACAAUACCAUCGUGAACAAUCUGAGGCAGAGGGUCAGUGAGCUGGAGGCAGCCCUGGCAGAGAAGCAAGCAGAGAGAAAGGCAGAAGAAGAAGGAGAUGGGGAGCAGGAGGCACACGUGCUGCAGAACAAGGUGCAGGAGCUGCAGGGCGAGCUGCGGAACCGUGUGCCCCGUGCGGAGCUUGAGGAGGUACAGCUCACCCUGGGGCUGCAGCUGGAGCAGCUGGCCAGGGAAAGGGCCGAAGCAGCUAUGCGCCUAAACGAGGCCCUGCUGGAGCUGGAGAGGCUGAGGCCCCCACCAGAUGGAGAUGGGGAAGAGGAUGAGGAUGAAGAAGAGGACAGGUCAGAAAGCUCUGAGCGAUCCAUCACGUCAGGCAACUCUGUUCGGAUAUCCGAAGGGAGCACCCUGGCCGCUGUUAGAGAGCAGCUGGAGGUGGCUCGGCAGGAAGCGGCCCAGGCUCUUGACUACCUGUGCGCAGAACGGGAGGGCCGAGCACAGGACGCCCUGCAGAUGAAGGAUGCGGUGCCCCUGUCCCAGCAUCAGGAGGCACUGUCCACUCUCAACAGUCACCUGGAGCAAGUGGCCCAAGAGCUCCAGAGAGAAAGAGCCUUGCGAGAUCAUGCUCAGCAGGAAAUAUCCAGAAUGGAAGCACAAAUGCAAUCUAUGCAGAAGGACCUCAUAUCCAAGGAGGAACACGAAAAAGUCAAGCUGGCCCUGCAGCGCUCCCUGGAGGAGAGCGAGAGAAGUGCACAGGCAGCCCAGGAUGCCCUGAGCGCACGGGAGACGGAGCUCAAGGAAGUGAGGUCCCAGAGGGCCGCUGAGCAAGGUGCCGUGUCCAAGGAGGAGCACGAGGCGCAGCGGCUCUCUCUGCAGGCUGAAAUCAAUGCGUUAACUGCCCAGCUAGCUGACUUGGCACGAAAGCAUGAGAAGACCUGCACAGAGGUGUUCCAGGUGCAGAGGGAGGCCCUCUUCAACAAGAGUGAGCGCCAGGCGGCUGAAGCCCAGCUGGCCGCAGUGCAGAAGCAGCUGGCUGACCUACAGGCCCAAUCCAGCCACGUACAGGAGCUGCACAAGGGAAUCCAGGAGUCACAGGGCCUGGUCAAGGAGAAGGACCGCAAGAUCACAGAGCUGUCCAAGGAGAUCUUCCGUCUGAAGGAGGCUCUCGGGGCGCUGACGCCUCCUCUGGGCCUGUCAUCCUCAGGCUUCUCUAGCCAGCAGGUAGCACUGCAAGGCCGUGUGACUGCACUCACACAGCAGCUCAAGGACUGGGAACAGAAGCAUCGUGCCGUAGUGUCUGUGUAUCGCACCCACCUGCUAGCAGCUGUACAGGGCCGAAUGGACGAGGAGGUGCAGGCCCUGCUACUGCAGAUCCUGAGGAUGACUCAUGAAGAGCAGGGCCACUGACUUGGUCUUGGAAUUGCUGCAGCGACCUCUCACAGACAUGGCCUUCCACCGUGCAACGAAAUUGACGUUAUACUACAAAAAACACAGUGCUGCCUGUGUUGCUGUCAUCGAUGCUCAUUAGUUUUAUCAGUGUUGCUUUUGUAUUGCAUUCUUACAGUAAACUAGAUGCUUCAUAAC